AUGGAACACGCGCGGCCACCAAGCGCAUUAAGUAUGGCGGAAGGCGGUCCAGUGAGUCGGGCCGACGCCUGGAAGCGCUGGAAGCAGCAGUUUAUGAUAUUUUUAAAGGCUUCGGGUGUACAAACCGAACCGGCGAGUGUUCAAUCUAGUUUAUUGAUUAACUUAAUUGGCCCAGAUGGCUUCGACGUAUAUGAAACGUUCACUUUCGAGAAGGAAGAAGACAAAGACGAUAUAUGCGUAUUAUUAAAAAAAUUUGAUGCAUAUUUUGAUACGAAAGGAAACAUCACGAUUACGCGUUACAAAUUCUUUACUCGCGUACAAGAGGACGGCGAGUCCAUACAACAGUAUGUUACUGCUUUACGUUUAAUUAGUAAAUAUUGCAAUUUUGCCAGCCUUGAAGAAGAAUUGAUAAAGGACCGCAUAGUGUGUGGUGUCCGUAAUCAUGCGAUCAGGGAUCGCUUACUGAGGUGUGAGGAUUUAUCGCUCGACAAGGCAAUUAAAAUAUGCCAAGCAGAGGAAGUGUCUCGAGAGAGUGAUACCCAACUAAGGGCAAGUGUCAGCGGGCAAAGUGCAGUUCAGUGUGAUCGUGUGGCAGCGCGGCCGAGGCUAGGCCGGCGCAGCGCGGGGCAGACUCGCGCGAGCGGCGCGGGCGCCUCUGUGCGUGCUGUGGUGAACCGCUGCGACGCGUGCGGUUCGACGCGUUGUGCGGAGGGGCGCUGUUCGGCGGCCCGUGCUGAGUGUUUUGUGUGCGGUAAUAAAGGACAUUUUGCUCGAAUGUGUAAGUUGAAGCAAUCUAAUUAUUAUUUAAAGGACAGGCGCGUGUAUGAGCUCGAGUGUCACGAUAAUCAUAGCGACGAUAGCGCAGACGGUACCUUGCUUUAUGUUUCCGCUAUUGAGAAAGAUACUGAUCACUGUGAUGAAUGGUUUGAGGUGUUAUAUUGUGAUAAGGGAAAAGAAAAAUUAAAGUUGGAUACGGGUACCGAUGUAAAUGUUAUUUCGUUUCAAACUUUUUUGCGGUUUGGCUUCGAUAGAAAUGUAAUUAUAAAGGAAAAUAUUCGAUUGAAAUCUUAUAGCGGCAAUACAAUUCCAAUAAGAGGGUUUUGUUAUUUAUCUUGGUGUUUUAAAAACAAAGUGUAUAAUUUAUAUUUCGCAAUUGCUGAUAUUAAAUGUCAAAGCCUGCUGGGACGGAAGUCUUGUGAACGGUUGGGAUUAAUAAAACGUAUCCAAUCUAUAAAAUUAGAUAACUACGGUGACGUGUUUAAGAGUUUAGGUUGUUUACCGGGCGAACAUCACAUCGUCGUGGAUCGGUCCGUACAGCCGGUGGUUUGCGCUUCGCGAAAGAUUCCGUUCGGUAUGCGCGACGUUUUAUCAAAGGAAUUAAAAAAGAUGGAAGAAUUACGUGUUAUUAAAAAAGUCGAUUAUCCGACUAAAUGGGUGCAUCCUUUAGUUUUGGCUGCUAAGAAAAAUAACGGUGUUCGCAUAUGUUUAGAUCCUCGCGAAUUAAAUCGGGCCGUUCAACGCGCACACUUUCAGCUGCCGACGCUGACUGAAAUGGCUGCCAAAUUACAUGGAGCUAAGUUCUUUUCCGUUUUAGACGCGAAUUCUGGAUUUUGGGCUAUUAAACUGGAUAGGGAAAGUGCGGAUGUAAAAUUGUUGCAGAUUCAAUGUACAUCGAAAAUCUAUUAUGACCGAAAUUGUAAGUCUUUGCCCACACUCAAUGUAGGAGACCCCGUCAUAAUAUGUGAUAAUAAUAAUAGUAGAUGUCGGGGUACGGUGAUUGGGCGAGCAAACACUCCUAGGUCUUAUAUAAUUGAGAACAAAUUUAGAUCACGUUAUCGGCGCAACCGGCGCCAUUUAAAACAAAUUGUAAAACCUGAUCCGUUGUUAUCUAAAAAUGAAGAUCAUCAUGAUCAAAAUAAUUUAAUAAGUGAGCCUGACGGUGACGACAGUUCACCAGAUGAAGUGGAACGCACUUCCAAGGAGCGUUCCAUAAUUUUAACCAGAAGUCGGGCGAAAAAACUGAAAAAUGUUUGUAAUUAG